GUCUAAAGAACUGCGUAUCCACCGCCUUCCCCCUACCUGGUUGCAUUUGGGCUGUCACCAACGACACUACGCGAAAUUUAGAAAUGUUUCCGCUGCCCGUCGCCCUUAGUCCAACGAUGGCCGUUCUCAACGGGCGGGCCACGUCGCCCUUUAAAAGGUUGAAAGGGAAGACAAGAGAAAACCGUGGAAUUCGAGAAAGGCUGCCAAAUUUUCGAUGGAAUUAAACGAAAUUAUUGAAGGAAAUUAUGCCCUCGCAAGGGUUGAUUUUUUCAUCUUUCCCUCCUUCCUACCGCUACGGACUGGCAGUGAAUCGCCUCAUGGCGCCGUAAAACUGUGUAUAGUACACUGGAUGCUUCCUCAUCUCAUAGCUCCGCCAGUUUGCAGAUUUAUACGGCGGUGUCGGGGAAACGAUUCCCGGGAAAUCCGGGGAAGUCUUUAGUGUUCAUAUCGUCUAUUGUUCAAAAAACAGCUGUUUUUUUCCUCUUAUGGAGAAGGUCUGUUGGGGAGUUUCAGAUUUAUCUUGUCUUGCCGUAGCCAAAAAUUCUCUCUUCUCUUGUUCCCUCUUCUGGUGCUUGUCCUAACGUCCUUAAUUUACUCGCUUCUUUUACGGUCACUACUAAUAUAACUUUCCGUCUUUUCUCGUUUUCUGGUAGGAAGGAAUGUUAAUUUUUAAGUGAGAUAUUUUAAUGGACUGUUACAGUCCAUUACAGUUCAUCACCUGGGCCCUUUGGUUGGCUUAGUGACAUGCACGCCUCUCUCUCUCCUCUCUAUCUAUAGAAGAUAGACAAUCGAGGGCAUUCUGGUGGAUUUAAAUAUUUAUUCCGAUUUUUUCUUAUUAAAAUUUAUUUGGUUUUGGGGUAUGCGUAAAGGAUCGUUGAAUUCACUGGCGAGUUUGCUUCGUCGGAUUCGUGUGGACAUCGUGGCGGUAGGUCAGCGAUUUGAGACGAGAAACGACAGGCAGGUUAUAAACUAAUUUACUUCAAAUGAACGCGCUGCUGAAUUUUCUGUUGACCCUGGAACGGUGCUAAACAAUUUCCCGAGCUAAGGGUGCCUCCAUUUCUCCCUUCUGGUCUAGAUUGAGUGGAAGUGCAUCUCUGAAGGCAAAGACCACUAUGUCAGUUUCAAUGAGAGAUUUGGAUCCUGCUUUCCAGGGUGCUGGACAGAAAGCAGGUAUUGAGAUUUGGCGCAUUGAAAAUUUUCGACCUGUUCUUGUCCCAGCAUCUUCACAUGGAAAAUUUUUUACUGGAGACUCUUAUGUCAUCUUGAAGACAACUUCUUUGAAAUCUGGUGCCCUUCGACACGAUAUUCAUUAUUGGAUAGGCAAAGAUACAAGCCAGGAUGAAGCUUGCACCGCAGCAGUAAAGACUGUAGAGCUAGAUGCAGCAUUGGGAGGUCGUGCUGUCCAAUAUAGAGAAGUGCAAGGCUAUGAAACAGAAAAGUUCCUCUCCUACUUUAAGCCAUGUAUUAUACCUCAAGCUGGUGGAAUGGCCUCAGGUUUCAAACAUGUUGAAGAGAAAAAGAAUGAAACCCGUCUAUUUGUUUCCAAAGGAAAACAUGUUGUUCAUGUGAAAGAGGUCCCUUUUGCUCGAUCAUCAUUAAAUCAUGAAGACGUAUUCAUCCUGGAUACAAAAUCAAAAAUCUUCCAAUUCAAUGGUUCCACCUCUUCUAUUCAGGAGAGGGCCAAGGCUCUUGAAGUUGUUGAAUACCUCAAAGCUACUUAUCAUGAUGGAAAGUGUGAGGUAGCUCCUGUAGAGGAUGGGAAAUUGAUGGCUGAUCCUGAAUCUGGAGAAUUCUGGGGUUUGUUUGGUGGAUUUGCCCCACUUCCAAGAAAGGCGACCGCAGAAGAGGAUGCAAGUACUGAGCCACUGCCACCAAAGUUGUUAUGUAUAGAGAAAGGGUGUGCAGUGCCUGUAGAGGCUAAGUCUUUAACUAGACAACUGUUAAAGACAAUGAAAUGUUACCUGCUAGAUUGUGGGGUAGAACUUUUUGUCUGGAUGGGCAGAAGUACCUCUCUGGAUGAAAGGAAGACCGCUUGUUCAGUGGCAGAAGAGGUAAUUGCUGGUCCAGGACGCCUGAAAGGUCACAUAAUUCGGGUCAUUGAGGGCUUUGAGACUGUGGUAUUUCAAUUAAAAUUUGAUAGUUGGCCAUUAUCCACUGAAGUGACUGUAUGUGACGAUGGCCGAGGCAAAGUUGCUGCUUUAUUAAAACGGCAAGGACUUAAUGUCAAAGGUCUAAUGAAGGCCGUUCCUGUCAAAGAAGAGCAACAUGCAUCCAUUGAUUGUACAGGAAAUCUGCAGGUUUGGCGAGUAAAUGAUCAAAGCAAGACACUCAUUCCACCCAAUGAGCAGUUGAAGUUUUAUUCUGGAGAUUGCUAUAUUUUUCAGUAUACAUAUCCUGGGGAGCAUAAAGAGGAAUGUCUCAUUGGCACGUGGUUAGGGAAGCAAAGUGUUGAGGAGGAGCAGAAGGCUGCAAUCUCCAUGAUGAACAAGAUGGCAGAGGUAUUGAAGGGGCAAGCUGUUCAGGCUAAAAUUUUUGAAGGGAGGGAGCCCAUCCAGUUCUUCUCAAUUCUUCAAAGUUUUGUUGUAUUUAAGGGUGGGAUGAGUUCAGGAUACAAAAAAUAUGUAUCUGAAACCUGUACUGUUGAUGACACAUACUCAGAAGGUGGGGUUGCUCUUUUCAGAGUGCAGGGCUCUGGACCAGAAAAUAUGCAAGCAAUUCAAGUUGAAACGGCGGCUUCAUCUCUGAACUCCUCGUAUUGUUACAUAUUACAUUCUGGAUCUACAGUCUUUACGUGGUCUGGAAGCCUUACCACAACAGAGGACCAGGAGCUAGUAGAGAGGCUGCUGGAUGUAAUUAAGCCAAACAUUCAACCCAAGGCGCAGAAAGAAGGAUCUGAGUCUGAACAGUUUUGGAGCUUGCUUGGAGGAAAAAGUGAGCACUCCAUCCAGAAGAUAGCAAAAGAUGUUGAAAGUGAUCCUCACCUAUUCUGUUGCCAUUUCUCCAAAGGAAAUUUAAAGGUUACUGAGAUAUAUAAUUUUAGCCAAGACGAUUUGAUGACAGAAGAUUUUCUCAUUUUGGACUCUCAUGCUAGCAUCUUUAUUUGGGUUGGUCAGCAAGUGGAUUCGAAGAUCAAAAUGCAGGCGUUAAGUAUAGGAGAGAAAUUUGUGAAACAUGACUUUCUACUGGAAAAAUUAUCUCCUGAGACUCCGGUAUUUGUUAUUGCUGAAGGCAAUGAACCAUCCUUUUUCACACGCUUCUUCACAUGGGAUUCUGCAAAAUCAUUGAUGCUUGGAAAUUCAUUCCAGAGGAAGCUGGCUAUUUUGAAGAAUGGAGUCACACCACCUCUAGAUAAGCCCAAAAGGCGACUGCCAGUAUCAUAUGGAGGAAGAUCUAGUGCUCCAGACAAAUCUCAGCGUUCAAGAAGUGUGUCCUUCAGUCCAGAGAGGGUUCGUGUCAGAGGUAGAUCUCCUGCGUUCAACGCACUAGCUGCUGCUUUUGAGAAUCCAAAUGCCAGGAACCUUUCAACUCCACCUCCUGUUGAGAGAAAGCUGUAUCCUAAAUCAGUGAUGUCAGAGUCUAUGAAGUUGCCGCCCACCAGAUCAGCUGCAAUUUCUGCUCUUACUGCUUCUUUUGAAUCAAAAAAGGAAAAUCUUAUCACUCGAUCUUUUAAAGCUGCUUGUCAAGUGACAAUACCAAAAGCUGCUUCACUGGAGGUCAAUCACAAAGAUAACUCUAAUUCAAUGACUAGCAGAAUUGAAGCUUUCACCAUACAGGAAGAUGUUAAAGAAGGGGUAGAAGAUGAAGAAGGGCUUCCUGUUUACCCUUAUGAGCGCCUAAAAGUAUCAUCAUCACAUCCUGUCACAGAUAUUGAUGUGACAAAAAGAGAGACCUACUUGUCUGCUGAAGAAUUCAGGGAGAAGUUUGGCAUGACAAAGGAAGCAUUUUAUAAAUUGCCUAAGUGGAGGCAGAAUAAGCAUAAAAUGGCUCUUCACCUAUUCUGAUAUCUGAUUUGCUCAACAUACAGUGGCUUGUAGGUGUAAGGUGCUCCUUCUGCAGAUAAGUAAUCAUGUGAAGGCAGAUGCAGUAUUUUUUUAGCUGUUUCUCCUCCAGGACAAGCAUUUUCUUUGCAAAUCGUCAGGUUUCUACCCUUGUAUGGUUUUUUUUUUUUUGUUCAAUAUCCAAUUUUUUGUCUUUUCUGCUUUAUUGUCUUUUGGAGAAUUUCUUUUUUGAGAUUUUUUUUUUUAAAUUAUUUGUUUGCCAAUUGUUUCACAAGACAAAAAGGAUGUGUCAAAGAAUUAUAGGUUGUAUUGUGUAUUUUAAAGAACUAUGUAAAGGAGUGUAAUAUUUGGUGGCCAUUGUUUUUUGUGACUAAUAAAAGCAUCUUACCUGA